AUGGGGCCUUUCCGAUUUUCCUCAGUCUUUGGCUUUACCUUGCUGUAUGCUGUUCUCACGUCUGCUCAGAACUUCACUGCAACCAAAACUCUGCCGAAGGUCGACUUGGGUUAUGAGAUCCACCAGGCCAUUAGUUUCAACGAAACGGGUCAACUAUACAACUUCUCAAAUAUAAGAUAUGCUCAACCUCCGGUUGGUUCACUGAGAUUUGCAGCACCACUGCCUCCUGCUGGAAGAAAUCCCGUUGUCCAGGAUGGGAGUAUCGGGCGAGUUUGCCCUUCUGCCAUUCCAAACUGGUCUCCUAUCGCCAAUGUACUCGAGGCAGAUAUCUUAGGAGGAAAUCUGUCAACCUUCGACUAUGACGCUCUCAACGAGCAAGUGCAAGAGUAUUGGUCGCAACACCCCCCUCCAGCUCAAACGGAUGGGCGAGCCACUGAAGACUGCCUUUUCCUCGACGUCAUUGUACCAAAAGCAGUAUUCGACGGAGGCCGAAGUCAUCUGAAAAGACGGUGGCAACCUGGAGGCGGUGCUCCAGUAGUCAUAUGGGUCUACGGUGGAGGCUAUACACUCGGCUCGAAAGAACAAUGGGGCAAUCCCUCUGGUUUGAUCAAAGCUAGUCAAAGCGGUGGUCAGCCGGGUAUUGUGUAUGUCACCUUUAAUUACCGCCUUGGGGCUUUGGGUUGGCUUGCUGGUCCUACCUUCCAGGCUUCUGGAGGAGUAUCUAAUGCCGGUCUAUACGAUCAACGACUGGCUAUUGACUGGGUCAAACAAAACAUUCAUCUUUUCGGCGGCGAUCCCAACAAGAUAACUCUCCUUGGUGAGUCUGCAGGUGGUGGCUCGAUUGUCCAUCAAAUUACAGCAUAUGGUGGAGAGAAAGGCGUUUCUUUCCAGAGAGCGAUAUCCCAAUCUCCAGGAUACGACCCAGUCCGAUCGUCCUUCUAUAUGGAAAACAUAACCAACAACUACCUAUCGAUCCUGGGCGUCCACUCCCUGGAAGAAGCUCGCCAGAAGUCAUCAGAUGAAGUAAUCUUGGCGAAUACCAUCCAAAUUGGGGGUUCCUACUAUGGUACUUUUACCUAUGGGCCCAUGGUUGAUGGGAUCUUCGUUCCCGAUGUGCCAGGUGUUUUACUGAGUACCGGUCGGUUUGCCAAGGACGUCUCUGUCAUGGUCGGUCACAACACGUUUGAAUCAGCAGGUUUUACACCUCCAUGGCUGACCACCGAGGACGACUUUCAGGUCUGGUUAGAAACUAUGUUCCCCGGCAUAACCCAAGAGGCUGUUGACCAUGUCCUGAACGACCUCUAUCCUCCUGAUUACGAUGGAAGUCAGUCGUACACCUCUCCAUUGGGCCGCAUAUUCCUCAUGGUCAAUGAAGUGAUUUUUGUUUGCAAUACUUUCUACGUCAACAACGGAUUCAACAACCAGACGUAUGCUUAUGAAUUCGAGAUUCCACCAGCCUUUCACGGACAGGAUAUUGUAUACACCUAUUACAACGGCGGAGGGUCGAGUGCCACCGUAAUUGCCCCUAUCGCGGAGAUGCUUCAGGGUUACCUGACCAAUUUCGCCAUGACUGGAAAUCCCAAUGGUGCAGACCUACCGUACUUCCCAGUUCAUGGACCGAACGCUAUACUCCAGGCGAUCAAGGCCAAUUCCACCGUACCAGAGCCAGAUGAGACGUCUAAUGAGAGGUGUCUUUGGUGGGGCAAGGGGCUAUACGCUUGA